CGCGUCGUAGACGUUGGGGAGCGGGAAGGCAGCGGCGGCGGGAUCGGGAUGAACAGUGGCGGCGGCUUCGGUUUGGGAUUAGGCUUCGGCCUUAUCCCCACGGCGGUAAUUCAGGUGACGAAUCUCUCGUCGGCGGUGACCAGCGAGCAAAUGCGGACGCUUUUUUCCUUCCUAGGAGAAAUCGAGGAGCUGCGGCUCUACCCCCCAGACAAUACACCUCUUGCUUUUUCCUCCAAAGUAUGUUAUAUUAAGUUUCGUGACCCAUCAAGUGUUGGUGUGGCCCAGCAUCUAACUAACACGGUUUUUAUUGACAGAGCUCUGAUAGUUGUUCCUUGUGCAGAAGGUAAAAUUCCUGAGGAAUCCAAAGCUCUCUCUUUAUUGGCUCCUGCUCCAACCAUGACAAGUCUGAUGCCUGGUGCAGGAUUGCUUCCCAUACCAACCCCAAAUCCCUUGACUACACUUGGUGUUUCACUUAGCAGCUUGGGAGCUAUACCGGCAGCAGCACUGGACCCCAACAUAGCAACACUUGGAGAGAUCCCACAGCCACCUCUUAUGGGAAAUGUAGAUCCUUCCAAAAUUGAUGAGAUUAGGAGAACAGUCUAUGUUGGAAAUUUGAAUUCCCAGACAACGACAGCUGAUCAACUACUUGAAUUUUUUAAACAAGUUGGAGAAGUGAAGUUUGUACGGAUGGCAGGUGAUGAGACUCAGCCAACUCGGUUUGCUUUUGUGGAAUUUGCAGACCAAAAUUCUGUACCAAGGGCCCUUGCUUUUAAUGGAGUUAUGUUUGGAGACAGGCCACUGAAAAUAAAUCACUCCAACAAUGCAAUAGUAAAGCCUCCUGAGAUGACACCUCAGGCUGCAGCUAAGGAGUUAGAAGAAGUAAUGAAGCGAGUACGAGAGGCUCAGUCAUUUAUCUCAGCAGCUAUUGAACCAGAGUCUGGAAAGAGCAAUGAAAGAAAAGGCGGUCGAUCUCGUUCCCAUACUCGCUCAAAGUCCAGGUCUAGCUCAAAAUCCCAUUCCAGAAGGAAAAGAUCACAGUCCAAACACAGGUGAGAAUUUCUACUAUCAUACUUAAUUUUUUUCUACUUUUUGUUUAUUAAAAAUAGUUAAGAUUUUAUGAAUUUUUUCAGUAGUAUAAUUCAGAAAUUUCAUUAGGGUUUGCCUGGAAGUGUAGUUACAAUUAAAUACUGCUGAUUUUCACAUUGUACUUAAGAAUGAAAUUUUGUCUAAUGGAUACUUUAAUUUUUAAUAUUUCAACCAGUUUCCAGUUUUAGGAGUUGGUUCUGUCUAAAGAUGCUCUAUUGUUGAUUUUUGUUAGAAUAAACUAGUCUUCUACAAAGAAGUGGCAGAAACUAUUUUCAUUCUUCUUAUUGACAAAGGAUUAUAGUUGGUGGCAAAUAUUGAAAGUAGUGUUCAAGUUGCAGUCUUUUGUUUUCUUUUCCUCGUCUGCUGCAGGUCUGGGGAACACCACCCCAGAUCUGUGUCAAGCAGUUUUCUCUCUUCAGUACUAUGUGUCACAUGGAGCACUCUUAGUCCUUGGUACUCCUAGUGAUGAGAGCUGCCUCCUGCCCACUUUUGAACCUGAAAUCUUGGAGUACUUUGCAGCUUCUGCUCCAGUUUUAUCCUGUGCUUAAGCUCUGUUACUGUUUUGUUUAUCUUAUUUUUUGACCAUAACUUUGGAUUUUAACGUUCUCUUUGAUCUGUCAUUGCUUUGUGUUUGACGCAAAGGAGAUGCAAUACAUCUUGGGAGUCAUGCUUAAAGUGAUACAUUUUAUGGUCUUUAAGCUGUGGAAGGGGCAGUUGAACUGUCAAAGUGUAUAUAGUGGAUCCUAAUUGCAUGGUUUUAUUUAUUUAUUUAUUGUAGUGGGGGUGCAUUGCUAAUUACAUGUUUUGUUACUCAUGUCUUGAGAGAGGCAAAAGUGUGCGUGCAUGUGUGCAUGUAGA